CUUGUUGCCCUGUGCUAGCUGAUUUUAAAAAUUUAUUACAAUCAGCACAGAGAAACCGUUCAUCGCGUUUAUAAAGUCUUGGUGUCACAGUUGUUAAGUCUAAAGCCAACUCUACCUCCUUUUCUUCACGUUUUUCAGAUAAUAACUGAACUCUUUUAUAUCCUGAAGUUUUUUGUUCGAAUUCUUUCUCACAAUUUACACACUUCAUUCUUGAUCUUGUAAAAUAUUGAGCUCAAUAUUUUAAUCUUCUUCAGAAACACACAUCAGUUGGUGGUGAAUCAUAAUUUAUUAUAUCUAGUAUAAACUAAUGCAUAAUGAAAUAAAAUACGUCGCUAGCCUUAUAUAUUUCUCCCAAAAACUGAUUUAACCUAGCUGUGUCUGCUGAAGCUUCCACGCGGAGUGAUGCCCUUUGAUGUGCCGCUUAUCUUUCAUCGGUAACCUAGAGAUACUUGUUACGCAAUCAUUUCAUUUGCACAUAAUUUAGAAGCGUUAACAGGUUCCGACAGUGUGACACUUGUUAUUUAAUCGUUAUAAUUACAAAGAAUGGAUAUUGAUGAGCAUUUCAAGUCUUUAAAAGCAAUAUAUCCUUUUAAUUUUGAUUUAAAAGAUGAACAAAAGCGCGUUAUUCAAGCCGUUAUGGAUAAAAAGGAUGCAUCAGUUUUGCUGCCUACUGGAUAUGGAAAAAGCAUGUGUUAUGUUGUUCCGCCUCUUCUUUUUGAUCAGAGAGAUCCUUCGAUUCAACACACUGCAAUGGUCGUUUCACCACUUGUCAGCCUUAUGCAAGACCAACAACAGCAUCUUUCUAAUAUUGGAAUUUCGUCGACGAUUUUGUCGCCUUCAGACGUAGGGGCAAUGCUAGACGUCGAGAAGAAACCCGUAUCGAUCGUAUUCUGCACACCAGAAGCACUACAGACAUCCGCAGUUCGAAAACUUCUCAUGUCGAAGACGUUUAACAAACGACUUUCUUUGCUUGCUUGUGACGAGGCACACUGUAUCUCUGAAUGGGGCGAAAGCUUUAGGCCAGAAUAUCGACAGAUAGCCAUAGUAAGGAGCCUGGUGGACGCUCCUCUUCUAGCCCUAACGGCAACUGCUACAGAGCAGGUUCAGAAGGAUAUCUGCCAGUACUUGAUGAUAGACGACACUGCUGUCUGCGUUGCUAAACUGCCAGAUAGACCCAACAUAUUCCUUGCAAUACAAACCUCGUCAACUCCAGACUGUGAGUUGGAACUGAAAUGGUUAAAAGAAGCAGCUGUUUCCAGAGAAAGCAUGAAGAAGGUGAUAGUGUUUUAUCAUACUCAGCUGUAUAUCGACAUUUGGUCAUGGCUCACCGAUAAUCUCGACAGUGAUUAUGAAUGUAGGAUUGUAGAAAUGUACCAUUCAAGUACAGAUGAAAGAAAAAAGGAAGAGAUUCUGAAUGAAUUUAAGAAGAGUGACAGUCAGAUCAGAAUACUUGUAUGUACUGUCGCCUUUGGCAUGGGUGUAGGCAUCAAUGAUGUCGAGAUUAUCAUACAUUGGGGAGCACCAAAAAAUACGCUGAUGUACUGGCAGGAAGUUGGUCGGGCUGGGCGUGAUGGAAGACCGUCAUUGGCAAUCAUGUAUCCAUUCCCUAGAUCUUUAAUGAAGACUAUAACUUCCGAAAAAAUGAAAAGUGUUGUCAGAUCUGAAAGUUGUGUGCGACAAAGUGUGUUAGACACGUUGAGAACGGCAGCAAUGACAGAAUCUCUUACUACAAGAGUUGUUUGUCCUGAUUUAACAUGUGAAAUUUGCAUAUGCUUAACAUGCUCGUGCUGCUCUAAUUGUAAAAAACUCUGUAGUUGUAUUGGUAACUCAGAUAUUGUCAAAGACUUUUUGAAAAGAGAAAAUUAAAGAUACAUCUUUGCUGACAUGAAUGUCUUAUAUGUUAAUGUCACAAAUAAAAAGGUUGGUCUACGA